AUGGACUCACUACGCCUGCCACAGCCAGUGGCUGCUCAAAACAAAUGCAAGGAAGACCCAAAUGAGUGCCAUGGAAAUGAAAGCAAAGAGGUGAAAGGGAGUCCUGCCCACUCCACUAUGGCUUUGAUUGAGGAGGAGCUGGAGGAUGCAGACCCAUGGGACCUGCCAGAGCUGAAGGACACAGGGGUCCCAUGGUCAGCUCUGGAUACCAGAGGAAAGGUGUUGAGAGUGUUGGUGUCGGUAGGGAAGUUUAUCCUGCUGCUGGGUUUCCUCUACAUGUUCAUCUGCUCUCUCGACAUCCUCAGCUCAGCUUUCCAGCUUGUUGGAGGUAAAGCAGCAGGUGACAUCUUUCAGGAUAACUCAGUUUUAGCCAACCCUCUGGCUGGUCUGGUCAUUGGUGUUCUGGUCACCCUAUUGGUCCAGAGCUCAUCUACUUCCUCCUCCAUAGUUGUCAGCAUGGUCUCCUCUGGACUGCUAACAGUCCAGCUGGCUGUUCCCAUCAUCAUGGGCACCAACAUCGGUACCUCUGUCACCAACACACUGGUUGCCAUGACGCAGGCUGGUGACCGCAGAACCUUUCGCAGGGCUUUUGCAGGAGCCACAGUGCACGACUUCUUCAACUGGCUCUCAGUGCUGGUGCUGCUGCCACUGGAGGUCGCCAGUGGUUAUUUGUACAAGGUCACCAAGCUCAUCAUCGACUCCUUUAAUAUUCAGAGUGGAGAGGCCCCGGAACUGUUAAAUGUGAUCACUGAUCCCCUCACUGAGUCAAUUAUACAGUUGGAUGAGUCUGUCAUUAGUGGGAUUGCCACCGGAGACCCAGAAGCCAGAAAUAAGAGUCUCAUCAAGAAAUGGUGCCAAACUUUCACCAACACAACCUUAAUGAAUGUUACAGUUCCUGGUCCAGAGAACUGCACAUCUCCGUCUCUCUGCUGGGUUGAUGGCAACUACACCUUUACAUUGAAAAACAUUUCUGAAACAUACAAUAUCGAGAAAUGUAAGCAUGCCUUUGUGAAUGUGAAUCUGCCGGAUCUAGCAAUAGGUCUGAUCCUGCUGGCUCUUUCUCUGCUCGUGCUCUGCUCCUGCCUGGUCCUCAUCGUCAAACUGCUAAACUCCAUGCUGAAGGGACAAGUGGCUGCAGUCAUCAAGAAGAUCCUUAACACUGAUUUCCCGUUUCCAUUUGGUUGGGUCACAGGUUACAUUGCCAUUUUAGUUGGAGCAGGAAUGACCUUCAUUGUGCAGAGCAGUUCGGUUUUCACUUCUGCUAUUACUCCACUUGUUGGUAUUGGUGUCAUCAGCAUAGAAAGAGCAUACCCAUUGUCUCUGGGUUCAAAUAUCGGCACAACCACCACAGCUAUCCUGGCAGCUAUGGCUAGUCCUGGAGACACACUGGCUAAUGCUCUACAGAUUGCCCUCGUGCACUUCCUGUUCAACAUCUCUGGCAUCCUUCUGUGGUAUCCAAUCCCCUUCACCCGCAUCCCUAUCCGGCUGGCUAAAGGCCUGGGUGACAUUACCGCUUCCUACCGCUGGUUUGCUGCUGUCUACAUCAUCUGCUGCUUCUUCAUUUUACCACUAUUCGUCUUCAGCCUGUCGCUGGCUGGCUGGCAGGUACUGGUAGGUGUGGGUGCACCUCUGGUCCUCAUUAUUAUCAUCAUCAUAGUGAUCAACGUACUGCAGAAGUGGAGACCCGGGUGUCUGCCUGCAGCCCUGAGAUCCUGGGACUUCCUGCCUCUCUGGGCCCACUCUCUGGCUCCCUGGGACAAAGUGGUUGCUCUGAUGACAGCCAAAUGCUGUUGCUGCUGCAAAUGCUGCCAGGUGGCUUCUGACAACCAGGAACACGGAGAGAAAGAAUCUGUGGAACAAAACAAUAAAGCACACACAGAGGUGUAUGAUAACCCUGCAAUGAGUGCAGAGAAGGAGGUAGAAAAUGAGAUAAAGAUAGAGCUAAAGAUUCUGAAAAUGACCCAGCUUUGAGAUUUUAUAUGUGUGACGGUGCAAAGAAUUGCAUUGGUCAAGGCACAAACACAUUUAGGCACAACUUUCAAAUUUCCAUCAUAUUUAUGUUAUUAUUUUUAUUAGAUCCUUUAGUGUAAGAUAGGAAAUGGUUAUAUAGAGAACAUCAACUUUCAGCGUAUCAAGAGCCAGACAAAGAAAAUACCACAUGCAGGAAAGUGUUGGUCUUUUAACUGUAUGGUUCUAACUGACAAUGCAUCGGUCUCUUAUCUCUAAUCUCUUACUACUUUCUGACUUUCUUUCUGUUCCUUUUAAGCUUCAAACCAAUUGGCUCCUGCUGAAGAUGUAAAU